CUCCGGGCCGCCGACGAUGGGGAACACUACCUCGUGCUGCGUGUCGUCCAGCCCCAAGCUCCGGAGGAAUGCGCACUCCCGGCUGGAGUCCUACCGGCCCGACGCCGACCUGAGCCGCGAGGACACGGGCUGCAACUUGCAGCACAUCAGCGACCGGGAGAACAUCGACGAUUUGAACAUGGAAUUCAAUCCUUCAGACCAUCCUCGAGCCAGCACAAUAUUUCUCAGUAAAUCUCAGACAGACGUGAGAGAAAAACGCAAGAGUCUCUUCAUUAACCAUCAUCCUCCAGGACAAAUAGCAAGGAAAUACAGCUCCUGCUCCACUAUUUUCCUAGACGAUAGCACAGUCAGUCAACCAAACCUCAAGUAUACAAUUAAAUGUGUAGCUCUCGCAAUAUAUUAUCACAUCAAAAACAGAGACCCAGAUGGAAGGAUGCUCUUAGAUAUUUUUGAUGAAAACCUUCAUCCUCUUUCGAAAUCUGAAGUGCCACCAGAUUAUGACAAACACAACCCAGAGCAGAAGCAGAUUUACCGGUUUGUUCGGACACUGUUCAGUGCUGCUCAACUGACGGCUGAAUGUGCCAUUGUCACUCUGGUAUACCUUGAAAGACUUUUAACAUAUGCAGAGAUAGAUAUCUGUCCCGCCAACUGGAAACGAAUUGUUCUCGGUGCGAUUCUGCUGGCCUCCAAGGUGUGGGAUGACCAGGCUGUGUGGAAUGUGGAUUACUGCCAGAUCCUGAAAGACAUCACAGUGGAGGACAUGAAUGAGUUAGAGCGACAGUUUCUUGAAUUGCUCCAGUUCAACAUCAAUGUUCCUUCCAGUGUUUAUGCCAAGUAUUAUUUUGAUCUUCGUUCUCUGGCAGAAGCAAAUAACCUGAGCUUUCCUUUGGAGCCCCUGAGCAGGGAAAGGGCUCACAAGCUUGAGGCCAUCUCUCGCCUCUGUGAGGACAAGUACAAGGACCUGAGGAGACCCACGAGGAAGCGGUCAGCGAGUGCUGACAAUCUGACUCUGCCUAGGUGGUCCCCGGCCAUCAUCUCCUAACUGGGCGUCCCCACUGGAGGCUGUACCAUCCCUCAGUUUCUCCUUUAGUUUGAGAAAAGACAGACUUGGGAUGGUUUUGUUUUUGUUUCCCUUUUUUGGUUUUGUUAAAGUCAUAACUCCAUCAGGCUGCUUCGAUGACUGCCUUUGAGCUGUGUGGCCCACAUGCAGCAAGGCUUUGAGGGAAGCAAAAUCAGUAUUCUGGAAAUCCUGUUUCACACCUUGCCCUGUCAUCAUUAACAGCACUUCCUUCUUGGAAGAUAAAGACUCGAAUCCUGGAGGAGGAAGUAAAGGGAAAGGAAAGUUGUGUAGAAGCAGGAAAAAUGGCUAAUGACAUGGCCAUUUCUUAAGUCCCCCAUCUGGUCAGUAGGUGAAUAUGAUGGAAAACAACAGUAGUUAACACAGUUAGAUGUUCAUUAAAGACAAGAGUGCUGCCUUUAUCACCUCUGUCUGGAUCAGUCUGUUCUUUAAGACUUCUUGCAUCCCUUCUAACUGCUAUUUGGGGAUUUGGGGGAUUUUUGUUGGUUUUUAUUCUGUUUUGGUUUUGGCCCCACAGAGCAGAGAAUAUAGUUUGUACCAUGGCACAGACAUCCAAAUAAAUAGUACUGGUUGUUUCUCUCUGCGCUAUUCCUGCGAGCUGUCUCCUGAGCUUUCUUCCUCACAAGUGGAAUGCACUUGUUACAUUUCUCUACCACUUUAUUUUAUACACUUUUUCUUCAACAAUGGCAAAAUUAACUUGACAAUAGUGCUGAACCAAAAGUAUCCCUUUCCUUCUUUAUUCCUAACCUCCCCCCCCAAAAAAAAAAAAUUCUAGAUAACAUGGGUGCUUGUGCCUUCCAAUUUUCAUGCAGUUGUUAUUUUUAAUCUGACCUGAAGUUGUAGUUCAAAAUCAAUCAAACCUCAUGGGCCAAGGAAACAAUGUGCAGUAGAAGCUGUCCUUGGUUGAGAUUUUUUUCCAGAUUGCUUGGUGUUUGCCUGAAGUUAUUGAGUAGGAGCCAUUUCUUUGUACUCCCUGCCCAGUUUGUUCCUCUACUUCCGCAUCCAUUGUUGCAAGCAAUAUUCUUAUCAAUUUUUAUAUGUUUAUUUUAAAUCAAAGUUAGUCUAUUUGUAUAAAUUUUUUUAAAAAUUUAAAAUUAAAAAACGGGGGUGGGGUGGGUAGUCCAGUGGGGAGAUUAUUGGAGGGCAAAAUGUUACUAUUUGCUGAGAUAUUUUUCACAGAAUGAUUGAAUAAAAAAAAACCACAACACUUGCA